AUGAGCAUGGAUAUGGACGUAGCAGCCUGCCCCGAGCGUGCGACUUCGCCCAAAAAACGGAAGCACGAGGAAGCAACCACAAGCGAAAAGUACGAGCUGUACCUUCACGCGUCAAAGAAUCCUCAACUAAAACAGAGGGAGCUCGCAGAAUGGUUCGAGUCGACUUUUCACAAAGCGAUCAAUCAAUCCACCGUCUCACGGAACUUGAAGAAGUUCAAGUCGACACCAGCACCGCUCGAAGUUCGAUUCGAAGCAGGCUGUCCGCCAUUGCCCCCACACCCGCCUCAUGCCCUUCCUCCAACGCCACCCCCAUCUAAUCCUGAGGAUUUUAGCCUUCCCGAAUUGGACAAUGCGCUUCACGAUUGGUUCAUGGGGUGCGAUGACCGAAAAAGCAUUGACAACGAAGCGUUGAAAGCUAAAGCUGAAGAGCUUAACUCUAAGAUUUACUCGGAUGAGAUCCGAAAACCAUGCACUGAUUCUUGGCUCGACGCAUGGAGACGAAGACAUGAUGCAUUAGAUCUCAAACGCACCGCUGGACCGGAGCGUGAGGGAAGCAAAGAAACCGAAGGGGAUGUGUCUGAGAUGAAAGUUGAGGGAGAGAGCAGCGUCAGUCCAAAACCAAAAAACGAGGACACCGAUGAGAAACGGAGAAGAAGGGAAAUCAAAAGAUUGCGGAAAGAUAUCGAAAAACGGGAUAUACAAAUGGCGAAAGCCAAAAUACGCAAAGAGGCUUCCAUCCGAAGAUUGGAGGAGUUGGAGAAGGAACUCGGGCAGCCAAAGUUGUAG